UGAGAAAGGUUGUCCUGUUACUGCGGUAAAGAGUUGCGAGUUAUAUAUUUUUCUAUCGACGUAAUUACUGUUUAAUAAUAUUUUAAUUUACCGUACAAAUUACUGUGUUGUGUAAAGUGAUAUAUAAGACGCAAUUUCAAAGGAGUUUCGUCGUUUCAUGGUGUCGAGGAAAGCGACCUCAACAUGGCGGCGGGCCUGCAACUACGCCUGCUGCUGUGGAAGGAUUACCUCAUACGGAAAAGAAAUCCGAUAACAUUGGCUGGUAUCCUGUGGGCGACAUUUGUUAUGCUCAGUCUGUACACAGUAAGGAUUAACAUUGAUAACAAGGACUAUCCCACUUGUCAGUUUGCGGCUCGCGCGUUGCCCAGCGCUGGUGUACUUAAUUUCCUCCAGUCUUUUGUAUGUAAUGUUAACAAUGAAUGCUCACCUUUGGAUGAGUUUGAAGAAAUACCCACCUAUGAAAAGUCGAGGUUCACUCAACUUCAACGCCAACUCUCUCCGCUGCUCAAUAAUGCGACUGUCGUCGACACGGCGGUGACGGCACCCGAUGCGCUCAAACUGCUCGCCACCUUGUCUGACAUCGCUGAUAAUGCUGUAUUUUCAAAUAUCUCCAAAAAUGGAUUACGAGUCAGUGACUUAUUUAGAAAUCCAAACAGAGUAAAACGGUAUAUUUCCAAACAGUUGGACAUUUCUGAAGAAGUAUCUGACAGUGUGCUGGUCGCAGAAAUUGGUUUUGAAAGCAUAUUCCAAGAGGGCGUUGAUAGAUGUAACGCAAAAUCUAUAAUUAAGACGAUAAAAAUAAAAAAUGUUGAACAUUUAAAUAUAUUUGUGAACAAAUUAUGCGAAGUUGAAAAUGUACAAAAUCUAGUCAAGGACUUGCUUCUAGAAAUUGAUUUAGGGAAAUAUGUGACAAUGGCAGGCGAGAUGUAUUUUAAACUAUCUGGGGAUGAUAGAAUAACAAGAAUAGGAGAAAUGCUCGUAGCCGUACUACGAAUGACGUCAAUAGAUAGCUUCUUACCCCCAGAGCUUACUACCAUUGUACAUGGUCGACAACCAGACUUCAGUUACGUUAAUUUGACCAUGAUCACUAAAGUAAUGGAUUUGUUUCAACCAAAUUUUGGAGAGACAGACUCGUACAAAUCCCUACGAGAUAUCAUGGAUACUUUAAUUCUGGGUGUCGAAUAUUUAAACAAGUUUCUAACAAACAAGAGUAAUACAGUUGAGGAAGUAGCCGACUUCGAAUUUAAAAAUGUCGGUAAAAUAUUGGACAUAAAUACAGGACUUAAAACAUUUACACAAAUGUUUGGAAACAUUGCAAAUGUGGUCACAGAAAUGAGCAGCAACGACACAAGCGCGGAUAUUUUUAAUGUUUUAUCGCGGUUAACGAAUUUUGUUUUAAAAUGGUUACCAGCUAAACAAAAACACGAUGUUCUGUUUUAUUCUACACUUCUAGCGAAGCUGAUAGAGGGAAGCGAGAGAGUUAUUGAUAUAAACGUGCAUAUAGAACAGUUGGCUCAUAAUGUAUCCUUGCGGAACCCCCAGGGUGUAAAGAUACUAUUAAAAUUACCACUAAACAUAGUUAAAAAGGGCUUAGAAGCUUUAGCUGAUGCUGAAAGAACACAGAUCGCCACGUCCAAAAUGAAUGAUCCAGGCCAAAUGUUUUGUGAUAUAAGUCGUCUUAAGAACUUUUUCUUAAUUUCAAGAGACGAAGCGUCGGAACUAAAGGCGCAACUUUGUACGGACGCAUGGAAAAACUAUAUUUUUGAUCUGGUAUCAUCAUUUGGUAUAUACGAGGUUAAGAAAAACAUAAACGGUAUGGCAUCUCUUUUCGUGCUAGAAACGUUGGGCAAAGAUAUCAGCGACGAACUUUAUACGAUUGAUAAAGAUUUUGAUAUCUUGAAGAACUUUACACAAAAUAUAAAUAGAAUGGAAUUAGAAGAGACGCCAAGCAUUAAUUGGUCUCUAGUCCUUAAUGUCACCGAAGACUCUGAAUUGAUACAAGUUUUCAGAAAAAAAUUGCAUUUGGGUAAACAUAUGCUGAUAACAGUUCACGGAGCGCUGGCAAAAGAAGUCGUGAGCCAGAACCCUCUGCUGGAAUAUAAAAUCUCUCCAUUUUUAAAGAACGUAAAUGUAAUGAUACAAGCGAUAAACGAACAACUAGAUGUCGCGCCUCGGGAACUGCAAAUAAAAGUCAAGGAAUUGUAUCCAGAAAUUAUAAGAACAGUUUUAGCAACGGGGUUACAUGAAGAAAAGAGUUACAAAGCUCUGUCAACGCCUUGUCAAGAUAUUUUAUGUCACGGAUCUGAGACGGCUGAAGUUUACUUAAAUUUCCCGCCAAAUAUUUCAAAAGAUAUACUUAUUACAACAUUAUGUAAUGUAACUAUUGCAAUCGAGAAAGGGUUGCGAAGAGAAUCAAUUAUUGGAAAAGCGAUAAAUGAUAUAAAUAAAGUAAAACACACGUCUGUAGAAGACAUAAAUUGGACACAAAUGAUAACUGGCAUAAAUACUCUGUAUGAAAAAUUAAACAAUGAUUACACGUAUUUAUUUGAAUACAAAACAUAUGGAAUGGAUAAAGAACUACAGAAAGAAGUAUCUGCUAUGAUGGACCAAGUGAUUGAUUUCUGGUUUAAUAGUAAAAACUUGAACAGGGCUAUGCAUAUAAGCAUAAAACUUGGUCUUCGAUUUCUGGAUCUAUUGGACCGCGGUAUCUUCGACAUAACAAUGGACGUCUGGCUACAAUUGAAAUAUAGUUUUUUAUCAGCUGCCGGACCAAUGAUUGUUGUGGAUGAUGUCAUUCAACUUAUUGCAGGUAUAUCCAGAAACGACAGUUACUCGACAAACGUACCGCCGCUCACCGCGUCCGCCUUGCAGCACUUUCUACCCAACAUACCGCACUUGAUCGUCGAUUCGGUUGAUCUCAUCAAAUCUGAUACUACUGAUGUAGCACCAAUAAUAUCUACUCUGAACGCUGAACCAUACUGGCCUUGCUCCGACAGCCUCGCCCCGCUGCUGCAACUCAGCGACGAAUCAAAAACAGCCCUGACAUCCCUCGAAACGAUCAUGUGCUUGAACAAUGACAUACAAAACGAAUGGAAAACGUAUUUAGCGACCAGAAACGCAACAAUGUUUAAAUCCCGAACUUGGAAUUUAACAGUAUAUUCAGAGAGUCCGUUUCUGAAAUUCUCACUUGCAUUCGAUAAUUUAGUAAAUGAUUUGGAUUUGAUCAAAGAUAUUUUUGAAAAUGCAUUCGACGAGCCCAAAGACGAUCGUAUAACAUUCGCUUCUGCUUUAAAAUACAGCGUAGAAGCGUUUAACAAUACUAAUAGGGUUGAAAUAUUGAGAAAAUUCUUUACCAAAGUUGACACAGUCCUGAACUCUAUUGACACAUCGUCUGUCCAAGAAAACGUUCCUCUGAACACUCUGUGGAGGCAAUAUCUGAACUGUACCAGCAAGGAAUCCUUAGAUGAUGAUUGUAAGCUGAUCACCAGAGCUACGUGGAAGUACACGCUCAAGUUCCUAUCAGUCGCUGGCGGAAACAUGACAGAGGACUUAUUAACAUAUUUAUCAGAGAGCAAUGAACAAAAUGUUACAAUCCUUCAACUACUGGGUUUCACAAGAAAAACUGCACUGUUUGUGUUGUACGACAAGCUGCCAGAGUUCAUCGCUGUGCUUCUUAAUUCUUACACAGAUCUGGAAUUCAUGAGCCAGAUUCGUCGUGCCUCGCAAACCGAGUUCUGGGACUGUGCCGAGGUAUUAAUGGCCUUGAACCCUGGACCCGACAGUCCCAUAGAUAUGUCAAUUAUUAAACAAGUCCAGCCAUUCAUCUGCCCUUCUCUGCUGCACUGGCUGUCUAUGCCCAGGGGAGAUAACAUAUUAAUUGACGUCUUUACAAAACCCCAAUAUUAUUUUUUCACAUUAGAAGCAGCAAACUUGACGAGUACUUAUGAAAACGCUUACAUAAAAGCGAAUGCAUUGGGACUUUUGUUAGACGAAAUUGCAAAUAAAAAUAAAACUUUGGUCGAUAAUUUAAAAAUAAGUACGAUCAGAGAUAAAUUAGAAAAAGCAGUAGAUAAGAUUUUAUCUUAUCAAAUAAAAGAAAAUGAUCCGUUUUACAUUUCUUAUAACGAGGCAAACAAAAAACAGCUAACCGUUAAUAUUUAUUUGACAAAAGUCGUAACAAUUAUAAACAAACUCAUCAACGCCGUGGAUAAUUUUACUCUAUCGGAUAUAGAUAAUGUUUCCGAAGAAGAUAUGAAAAAAUUGCAAGAAGAAUUGCCAAUUAUACAAAAUAUAUUUAAAAGGAGACCUUCGGAAGCUAUUGCUUUACACUUCGAUAUCAUAACGGAUGUAUUUUGGAUUAAUGAUAAAGAUUACAAGUUCGCCGAUGCCUUAAAGGCCAGUUGCGAACGUCUAAAAACUAAAGAUAAUUCUAAGAAUAUAUUAGAUGACAUGAAUAGAGUUAAAGGACAGAUUUGUGCUAAGAAAUAUUAUAUUAUAUAUAGUGCAUUACAAAGCAUAAUAGAUGAUUAUUUUGAAAAUGGAAGAAAAAGCUUAGUCGAUGUUUAUGAAACCCUCAAAACUGAAAACCAGAAUUCAACUGAUAUAUCUACAUUCUUCAAAGAAAGGCAAAAUGUAGUAAACGCGUUAGAAAAAUCCGUUAAAUAUUCAUACGACCUAGGUGUACCGAUUUAUUUAAAAUACCUCCAAAACAACCUGAGGCACUAUGACAUCAUCCUGAGCUUCCUGUCCGGUGACGACUGGUGGUCAGAAUUGAGAAACCUGUACAGCGGACCGAGAUCUGAUAAUUUCUUUAACACUGCGGAAAAGGGAUUCGAAAUCGCUGAAGAUAUACUAACACAUUUGGAUGAGAUACACGUGGUACGGCUGCUGCGCGACGCGAGCGCCAACGGCUCCGCGGGCGCGUGCGCGGCGGCCGAGUACGCGCCGCGCGCGGCCGCGCUGGGCGCGCUGUGCGGCGCCGCGCCCGCCGCGCCCGCCGCGCCCGCCGAGCUGCCGCCGCUGGUGUUCGCGUCGCAGGGCUCCGACGCCGAUUUAAAGAUGUCCGAUGAAGUGGAUUACGAGGAGUUACACGCGGAUAUUGCGAGCACAGAAUCAAAGUUGGAAAAGAUCAGAAACGGGCCGCAAUCUCCGAUGCGGCCGUCGUGGGUCACGGAGGAAAGAUUGUCAUCUUUGAAAAGUGUCGCGAUGCAACUCCUGUCAAAAGAAUCGCUGAUAAAGAUAUCGUUUGGUGUUCUCAGCAAUGUUGUAGAUGCGGGAACACUGUUCUUGAAUAACAGUAAGUGCCACUCAUGCUCCGAACUGACCACCUGGUUCAAGCAGCUGAAUUUGCAGCUGUACAAGAAACAAGAGUACGACAGCUUACUUUGUAGCAUCGAUCAAAUGUCGCAGGAAGAAAUUCACAGCGCUCUUAAAAAUGACUUUCACUGGGACAUGGCCAUCAGUGAGUUAAUAUCAACGCGAAACUACACGAAGUACGAACUCAACAAGUCAUUAAAUGAGUUCCUGGAACAAAUAAAAUUAAAUCUGCUAGAUGAUAUCGGCGCCAAGUCCACGAAGCUGUCGGAGUGCCUGGCGGGUAAUAUCACUGGAAAUGCUUUCGGACAUGCGGCUCUAUUCACUAAGGUACUAGCAAGAACAGCAAGACUCCUUGUAGCAGAGCUACCUCACCUUCAAGACGUCCGCGGCGUCACAGAGUUGCCGUAUUUCAAAAAACUCCACUCGAAUGUCGCACAUACACUCGAUGUCAAAGAUACAUUAGCAAAAUAUUUGUCAAAUAGAGAAGAAUUAACAAAAUAUCUAGUUAAACUGACCAACGAUACAAAAUUAGCGAAGAAUAUUGAAGAAGGUGAAAUAAAUUUGCGUUUGGUAAAAGACCUCAAACCAAGAAACGAUUAUUUCUCUGUACAAGACCACUCCUGGGAGGAUAUCUGCCUGAUCCACAACUGCGAUGAAAUCAUAUCCAUAAUCAAUAAAAAUAUCAACUUCACACUUAUUGGAGUCAACGUAACCGAACUUCAAACGAAAGAGUUCUGGCGUUUUAACUUCAUUUCUGCAAUCGUAAGCCACGUGCAAGUGUUGAUGGACCACAUAGCCAGGGCUCUUGGGGUGGUCAGUGGAAUAGACAUCCAGGGAGUGCUGGAGGGAAAAUUGGAGUCUCUUCUGGAUACGGGGAUGCAAUUAAUAAUGGAUGAUACCUUAGACAGCAUUUUGUACAGUAUACGCGGAGUGCUGGAAGAAUUGAAACCAAUACUGAGAGGAACCCCGUUGGAUUUCGACGUUAACGCAAUCGCAAACGGUCUGAAAAUUCUUCAUAAUUACAAAAACUACAUCAUUGAAGAAGAUUUCAAAGUGAACGUAUCGCAGAUAUUCUCAAAACCGGAACUUAUAGAAUCUGGUCUUAAUGAUUUGGGCAUCAACAAUACUAACUUCUGGUCGAUCGCAGCUCCGAGGAUUCAAGCUGGCCACAUAGCCAUCAAAGCGUUACUUAUUCAAAAACAUGGUAAAUACCGCAUCAGUGACUUUACAUGUCAAAUAGACGACAUGUCCAGGGUCCUGAUCCCGGGUAACGUGGACGUGGUGACUUUGGACGACGUUUACGCGGCGGUGGUGGAGCAGUUCUGUGGCCUGCAAGAUGAUCGUGUCGAGAGCGUGCUGCCGGUUCUUUUGAGAAAUAUAGAUUUUGAUAUGAUCUUUGAUAAGGCAAAAAAAUUUCUCCUAACGAAACUCUUCAUAGCAUCUAACCUCACCCAAUCAGAAGGUGACACAGUGCUCUCUCAAUUCGGAAAUAUGGCUGCGCUGAUUCCAGAACUACAAACAACUAUAGGAAAUGUAACUGAAAGUCUAUCAAAUGAGCCGCUGUUGCUGCGGAUGAAGAAGAGUACUUCUUUUGGGGAUAUGCUGGCUUCAUCCGACUUCCUGCCGGCCGCCGGCAGCAUGCUGUGCGGGCGGCCGUUCCGCGCCGACGCGGGCCGCCUGUACCGCGCGCUCGUGCGCGCCGACGACCGCGCCGCGCCCGACCCCGCGCAGCUGCGCGCGCUGCCCACUGAUUUCUGCCGUUCACUCUAUAAGGACGUUAUCAGCAUGGAAGGUGGAAAGAUAGUGUGGAGCUUCGUGAAACCGCUCAUCGUUGGCAGAAUACUCUACACUCCGUCUACUCCCGCCGUGCAAAGAAUUAUUGAGAAAGCCAAUUCGACGUUUGCACCGAUGGUCAAAAUGGUCAACCUCGUCCAUUCCUUCGCCAACUCUUUCUCGUCCGUGGAUAAAUUAAACCUCCAUCGAGGUGGUUUAGAUGCUUUGAAAAAUCUAAUGACAGUACCACAGUACGCCGGAAUCAGAAAGAGUCUUCUGGGAGACGUCCAAGCGCCAAAUAUUGAUAUUAACGGAAUUUUCGAUGAUUUCGGUGACACUAAGGCAUUGGGAAGUAUGUUAAAGAAAGCAUCAGAUUUCUUACAUUGUGUCAAUCUAAAUCGCUUCAAACCGAUGUCCAGUGAACACGAACUCACCCAAGAAGCUGCGAGACUAACGCUGAUUAAUGAAUUCUCUGCAGGUCUCGUGUUUAUGAAUAUGAGUGAAACUAAUAGCGCUAUUCCAUCAAAUAUCGAAUAUAAAAUACGAAUGGACAUAGAAAACACACCCCCUACUAAAAGACUGACAAAUUAUUUAUGGAUACCAGGCCCAGAAGCAAGUUUCCUAGAGAAUAUGAGAUAUUUCCGUGGUUUUGUACAGAUACAAGAUAUAAUAGACAAGGCAAUCAUAGAUUUGUCUAUGGAUAAUUCUAGAAAAGUGAAAAAGAGAGAGAUAGCUGAUGACAAAACUGAUUGGGCUAUUUACACUCAGCAGAUGCCUUAUCCUUGUUAUCGACGUGACUUUUUCCAGACGUCUCUGUAUGAGUCUCAAUCGCUGCUGGUGGCGUUCUUCUUCUCUUUACUCUUCACCGUGUCAUCAGCUGUCAGAUUCAUUGUGUCUGAUAAGGAAACCGGAAACACUAUGUUGAUGUCUAUAAUGGGAGUAAACCUAAGCUAUCACACGCUGUCUUGGUUCGUAUGGUCAUAUAUCGAAAUGGCAGUCACCGUGUGCCUUAUCACUGCUGUACUGACUGUCGGUCAAAUUUUGCCGCGCACCGAUCCCAGUUUAAUAUUGGCCUUGUUGCUGGUGUUUGGUUUCUCGGUGCUGGCUUUCUGCUAUAUGAUGUCGACUCUGUUCCGCUCGGCCAGUGUGGCCGCGGUUUGUUCAGGGAUUGCCUAUCUCAUUACAUUCAUGCCCUUCGUGUUGAUCCUCUCGCUGGAAGCUGUACUUAGUAGUUCUCUCAAGAUAUUUGUUAGUAUUUCGAUGUCGUCAUCACUCUGCUACGCCUUCUUGUUCAUAACACGCUUCGAGGCUAUGGGGGUUGGAGCGGGCUGGGCACAAUUAUGGGAGGCGCCCGACAACACCAGUGACAUGAACAUCGGCAUAGCCGGACUGAUGGUGCUAGUAGAUGGUCUCAUCUACAUUGUAAUUGGAUACUUCAUUAAUAUGUUUUUCGGAGUCAAAAGCACCAAUAAUAUAACAACUUGCGAGGCGGACGGAGAGAAAGCCGGCGUCAGUAUCAUCAACGUGACCAAAAUAUACAACGAGGGAUCGCGGAACGCGAAGCUGGCUCUGGACAACGUCUCGAUGGAACUGCAGGCGGGGCAGAUCACGACGCUCCUGGGACACAACGGAGCGGGAAAGACGACAUUAAUCGGCAUCCUGACGGGCGCGCGGCGCGCGAGCGGCGGGCGCGUGCAGGUGCGCGCGGCGGGCGGGCGCGCGGCGCUGGGCGCGUGCCCGCAGCGCGACGUGCUGCUCGACGCGCUGUCGGCGCGCGAGCACGUGGCGCUGUACGCGCGCCUCAAGGGCGCCCGGCGCGGCGCGCGCGCCGAGGUGGACAGCAUGCUCCGGGUAUUGAACCUGGGCGACGUGUGCGACGUGCCCGUGUCGCGCCUGUCGGGCGGCACUCGUCGCCGGCUGUGCGUGGCGCUCGCCUUCGUCGCGCAGCCCUCGCUCGUGUCGCUGGACGAGCCGACGUCUGGAGUCGACCCCGCCGCCAGAAGAGACAUUUGGUCCAUGAUAAUAAGGCUGCGUGAAAACCGAACGAUUCUACUAACUACUCACCAUCUCGACGAGGCGGAGUUAUUGAGCGAUCAAAUCAUUAUCAUGCACAAGGGGCAAAUUCAUACAACUGGAACGCCGACUGAAAUCAAACGAACCCUAGGCACCGGAUACAAUCUGAGCGUCAUGUAUCCAGACAACAAUCUCAGUUCUAUACAAGAUGCGGAACCCGAGGAGGUAUCUAUGGAAGAGAAGACAAAGGACUUACUGUCAGUAACACGAAGCGUGAUUAAGAACGCAAACCUGGUCGACGUCAAUGGUCUGGAAGUGGAGAUCAACCUGCCCUUCUAUGACCCUGACGGGGUAAGCAAUAACUUGCUGGAGGCGUGCAGCGCGCUGGAGCGCGCGCGCGACGCGCUGGGGUACCGCAGUGUGGUGCUGGACUGCAGCAGCCUGGAGCACGUGUUCUACAACAUCUGCCGCCGCGCAGACGCCCAGGACUGCGAAAUGUCGUCAGCUCCGGAGUCUUCAUCUAACAGCGCAUCGACGUCUUGUAUAAAAAAUGACCAAACGCCACUCGUCUCCCCCGAGGGCCCUCUCAAAGGCACCGCGUGGCAACAGUUUGUAGCGAUUUUCUACGCGAGGUAUCUGCACUAUCUUAGGAACAGACUGUUAUUAUUCCUAUUAAUAGUUCUACCCUCACUGUUCAUAAUCAUCGCGAUGGCCUUCUCGACAAUCCGACCGCCUGCUGACAACGAGAUCUCUUUAAAACUAUAUAGAGACACGUACGAAGGAUCAACACAAUUUAUUAUACCACAACCGUCGAUAUAUUCCGAUAACAUGGACCCAAGCUUAGCUCAACGGGUAAUGGGUGCGUUACAGCGAGAAAAACAGUCUAGAAAUUGGACGAGUUAUGAUUCGCCCACAUGUAAAUGUGUUGACUCCGUGCAACAAUGUGAUCAAAAUAAAGAUAUUGAUUUGGACCGGCCUGAGCUGAUGUUGUUACCAGACGUGAACACCCUUAACGACUGGCUAGUGACCUCGCAAGAGGCUUAUAUUGAAAAAAGAUACGGUGGUUUCACUUCGUCGAUCAAGAAUAAUAUGACCCAUUUGGUGGCCUGGUACAACAACAAGGGCCACCACGCGCUGCCCUCGGUCAUCAACGAGCUCAACUCCGCCCUGCUGAAGGUUAUCACCGGCGACGAGAGUGCCAAUAUCACCGUCUACACACAUCCACUUAAAAUCACCAAGGAACAGCUGAACAAGGAUACUGUGUACCAGCACAUAGCGGACGCCGGCAUCUCGGGCAUGCUGCUGCUGGCGUACAGCCUGGUGGGCGCGGGGGGCGCCGUGUACCUGGUGAGCGCGCGGCGCGACGGGCGCGCCGGCCUCGUGCGGCUGUGCGGCGCCGCGCCCGCGCGCACCCUGCUGGCCGACCUGCUGUGGGACCUCGCCAUAAUCGUCAUCAAUAUGGUGAUCACGGCGGUGGUGCUGCAGAUAUUCCACUUUCCUGUUUUCGUGGCGAGAAACAACCUUCCGGCUAUCUGUAUACUCAUAUUACUUUACGGGUACGCAUGCACGAAUUUCGUGCACGUGUUUCAGCGCCUGUUCUCCGAAGCGAGUUUGGCCAACAUGGUGCUGUUCUGCGGGAACGCGUUUGUGGGCCUUGCUGGCAUCACCCUGCUGCUCAUACUUGAUAUCAUUUCUGAUUCUGAUGCAACGGAUCACACAAGAUGGGUGUUACAUAAAAUUCUCAUGCUGAGUCCACAAUUCACGCUCGGCGAUGGUCUCCUUGAGAUCGCGAAGAAUACUAUACAAGCUCAAGUGCUACUUCAAUUUGGUAUGGACACGUACCGGGAUCCAUUAAAGCAGAAUGUGGUGGGCUACCACUACAUUGCACUGGUGCUGGUCGGCACCGUACUGUUCAUGGUGAACUUGGCGAUCGAAUACGAUUGUUUUGAAAUCAUUAUUGUCAGGUUAGGGUCAAAAUCUAGCGAUAUGGAAGAUUCUCUGGAUUCGCAAUCCGUUCCGGCCGAGGUGUUGGCGGAGGAGCAGCGUGUGACUGACGCCCUGCAGUCGCUGCGACUGCGUACCAUCGGAAAUAUUAAUGCCGGCUUCGUGGACUCGGACGGCGACUCUGCGUCGCCGAAGAAGUCCGGCGCGCCGCGUGCGCCGCGCGACGUGUGCGCCGCGCGCGCGCUGCGGCGCCGCUACGGCGCGCGCGUCGCGCUGCACGGCCUGUCGCUCGGGAUCCCCGCCGGACAGUGCACAGCGCUAAUCGGCGAAAACGGAGCCGGAAAGUCGACGACAUUUUCAAUGUUGACUGGAGAACUUCGACCCACAUCGGGCCAUAUCUAUUUACUCGGUCGGAAAGUCAAUAAAAGGGAACUGAGCCAGGGGCUUAUCAGCUACUGUCCUCAAAGUGACGCCAUUGAUCCUCUACUGACCGUUAAAGAAACACUCGUGUUUUACUGCAGAUUACGAGGCAUCGAGGAUCGGGAGGAAGUAAUCCGUCGAACGAUAGAUUUGUUCGAGCUGGCGAAGUACACGCACGUCCGCAGCGGCACGCUCAGCGGCGGCAACAAGCGCAAGCUGUGCACCGCCGUCGCCUUCAUGGCCCGCACGCCGCUCGUGCUACUCGACGAGCCCACCAGCGGCAUGGACCCGGCGUCGCGCGGCUGCGUGUGCGCGGCGGCGCGCGGCGCGGCGCGGGCGGCGCGCGCGGCGCUGCUGGCGACGCACGCGCUGGGCGACGCGCGCCGCCUGGCCGCGCGCGUGGCGCUGCUGCGCGCCGGCCGCCUGCGGGCGCUCGCCUCGCUCGACGACUGCCUGCGCCGGUUCGGCGGCGGGUACGUGGUGACGUGCGCGGUGCGGCGCGGCGCGGCGCGCGCGGUGUGGGCGCGCGUGGCGGCGCGGGCUCCGCACGCGGAGCUGCGGGUGCUGCACCACGCCGCGCUACACUUCCUGCUGCCCGUGCAGACCACAGUGGAUGGCAAGGAGAUAGAAACGAAGCUAAGUGACAUCUUCCGACUGCUGGCGGAGCUGCAAAUGAGCUGCGAUAUAGAAGAGUACACGGUCAAUCAAAGCUCGCUCGAUCAGAUGUUUCUAAGCUUUAGUGAGCGAACGAGCAUUUUGGAUCCUAUUGACGACCCGCUCCCAACACCACACCUCUUAAGACGAAACAGCGAAGAGCUGGACAGCGUCACAUCACUGUGAUAUCCUCUGGUUUAUAAUGCAUAUAUCAUGACAUAGCACUAUUAUAUAUUGAAAUAUCUUCCGUGUAACGGUGUUGUACAAGAUUACAAAAUAUAUCAACGUGACUAUUUUCCAGUAAAGGCAUUUUAUCAGAAUCAAUUUUGACAAUUUCAAGUUUAAUGAUUUAUCUUUAUAAAACCUCGCAAACGGUUAAGUAUCGAGAGAGCCAAAAAAAGGAAUUACUAAUAAAUCUAGACCAAAAUAUAGGAAAAUAUAUGUGAUUCUUAUCACGGAUGGAUUAAUGAAAACAUCACUAUCGUUCCUGAACUAUAUUUUUACUUGGAACAAAAAGCAAGGACAAACAAUUAUUUUGACAAUAAUGUUACCAUAUUCUAUAUCUGCCAAUUGUUUGAGCGUCAUAAUCUCAAGCUCGACGGUAUAAUAGCAUAGAUAUGUAAGUGGCCGGUCCAGACACAUCUUAAUGCUUGAUUUGAGAGAUAUAGUUAUUCUUAUACUGCUAUUUUACAUUAUGAAACCGCUUGAAUUUAAUUUGUAUAUUAGAUAAUGUUCUAUUAUUGCUUUUUUUUUGUUAUUUUCUUAUUAUUCCCAUAUUCUUGAGCAUUUGUUUCCAACAUUUCUCAGUUAUCCUUAUAUGUGAUUGUAGUGCAAUUUUUAUAAUAGCGACUUCAAUAUCAACAUUACGGGUGUUUUAGGCGAAGUUGCAUGAUGAACAUAUUUCCUAUUUAGAAUAAUAUUGUAAUUGUAAUAUUAAUCGUAAUCGAUGACUUAAAUGAGGUUAUCUGAAAAAAGUUUUGAUAUAAACAUUAGUAUUUACUUAAUUUUGUACUGAUUUAUGACAUUUUUUUAAAUUUAAUUAUAAGAUAAUCGAAUUUAAUGCAGAAGUAUUUUUAUAGUAAGUUUAUAACAGGCCAACUGUGAUAUAACUGUAUUUGUAAGUCGUGUUUUAUAUAAAAUAUUUAAGAAAAAUAAAAAUAUGGUUUGCGGUAAA